AAUUCGAUUAUAUGUGUACAUUACGCACUUGACACAUAUCUUUCAUUUACUAAAUACAAAAGCUAUAGUAGGCACAAAAUAAAUAUACAUUUUUUAAGUAUUGAAAAUUAAAAUUUAUAUGAGAAAUAAUGAAUGUAGCAACAGGUUUGAUUGAUUUCUCUAUCUAAUUUCUGUAGUGAAUCCUUUGUAAAAUAAUGUUUGUACAAAAUUUUGCGGUUCUGCGUUGUGAGCUUUUUCUCCUCAUCACUUCGUCAUCGAAAUCUCAGCAAAAUUACACCAACAACGAAGAUGAAGGUUAUAAUUUGACAGUACGAUACGAGAUAUAUGCAAAUUCUACAACAAUUUAUAGCGACGAGAUAAAUCCACUGCGAUAUAAUUUGUAUGAAAGGUUUACCAACAAUACGCAACAUAAGGAAACGGAAUAUGAAUUUAGCAUUUUUUCCACGAAUAUCGAUCGCGAGGAUGUUGAUUCAAAACUAUCUAAAUUAAGGAGGCGUUCUGCUCACAACCAUGAAAAUGAUGACAAACUGAUGUACACUUACAUCAAUUCAACAGAUGUCGAUCAUGCAGAAAACUCUACGUCACUGGAGGUUUAUGAUAACUUGCUUGAAAAGAAUGAUUCCAUGUCGAAUACAAUCUUUGAAAAUUCCAAUAAGGGUAUUAAUGAAAGUAACACUGUUUCAUUCCAAAUAUGCCAUAAUAUCACUUGCAUUCUGUUCUGCUGUCCUCUUGGCAAUAUCAUGAGAUGGAAUGACUCCAAAUGUAUUCAAAAAAAAUGGAAUAUGUUUUUCCGAAUGUGUACGAAUACAUGAACGAUUUAACGCAGAACGAAAGUAAAAUAGUGGACGAAUUCUUUCAGUUAGCCGUCUACGAUCCGUGCUUAGGAAGCCGUACCGUGGCAUACGAGGGUCAUCAAUACGAUUAUAAGAUUUUUGCCAAUAGUUCUAUUUAUAUCCCUUAUUAUGCAACAUUAAUUGAAUCGACAUCAUAUUGCUUUACUAUUAUUUUGGAAAGGGGAAAUACGUUUGAAAUAACUUUCUGUUCAGAUCUAAAGGAACUUUACAGAAACGCUAUGAAGUACUCACCUGAGUUUCGUUGGAUACAUCGUAUGAUUGAUAUACAUUGCAGCUUGAAUUUAGUGGGUAUAUUAUUUUUAGUGGCAGUAUUUCUAGUGUAUUCCAUAUUGCCAGAACUCCGAAAUGAACACGGCUUCAUGUUGCGCAAUUACUGUGCAUGUUUAUCCAUCACAUUCGUGAUUGAUACAGUCAAAGUUUUACAUUUGAAAGAGGAACCGACAUACAUCCGUCCCGUCUGUAUUACAAUUGCCUUUUUAAGAUAUUUUUGGUUUAUGUCGAGUUCCUUUUGGCUAAGUAUCAUGAGCUUUAAUAUGUGGCGGACAUUCAGAGAAUUUUCUUCGCUACAAAGGAACGUCAAAGGAAUUAUACAAUCAGGAAAAAAAAAGUUGGUGUAUUAUGCUAUUUUUGCGUACGGAUGUCCAUUUGUAUUUGCAAUUGUUUGUGUCAUUGUUGCGGAUUAUUUUUCCGAGUAUUUACCAAAAAAUUUGAGACCAGAAUUCGUAGAAGGAUCUUGCUGGUACUCUAGUCAACAUUUUGAAGCGUAUAUAUUUUAUUAUUACUGGAUCAGUACUACCUGUAUUGUUAGUAGCAUUUGCUUAUCCAUUUCUUCGUCUCGAAAUAUCAAACGGUGUGAAAAGGAUGCAAAUUUUCGUCUAACAGAUUCGGAAAGCAGGCAGUAUAAUCAAAAUAAGAAAUGGUGAGUAAUCUUACAUUUUGCAUCACUCUG